UAAUCAAUGGUCGCUCGCAACUCGCCGCUGUCAUUUUUUUAUCAAUAUGACGUCUAUUUUUAUUUUGUGAUUGUGGAAGUGGACAGAUAACGAUUUGUAUUCUUGUCGAAUAUUAUCAAUUUUUCAAGCAUACGUGAAUUUUAUGGCAAAAAUUAAUGAAAGUGCAGUUUUUCAGUGAUGAAUUAUGCUAUUUACAAUAGUUAUUUGCGAUUCCGGCAGUGAUUUGGGACAGCAACAAUUAGUGUAAGAAGCCGCACCAUGCUGCCGGUGCGUCUGCGGCGCGUUGUGGGCCACGAGGGCCGCUCCAACGACGCCCUGUUCCAGCCGGCAGCCCGCGCUCCGCCCCUCUCACAGCAUACCCUCGUGUUCUUCGGGGGUGAUGUCCAGGACUAUCCAGAGCUGAUGCAGGCCCACCGUGACAACAGGAACUACAUAAAGUGGAACCUGGAGAACACGGUGCGCAUGCUGGGCCACAACUUCCCCACCAAGCACAUCCUGGCUGUCCGGCCUUCCAGUAGGUACGUCGGUGGUUCCAGGAUAGAGUACAAGAGCUUCAGUUGCUAUGACAACUUCGUGCCCAGCAACAACGCUGGAGUACCAGAACAUACUCCCACGCAUAGCGCCCUGCACCAUCUGGAGAGGCUUCUCCAAGGAGUCAGCAGCAGGAUAAAGAGUUUCUCCACCUCGGAGCUGGUGGAGGCAUUCUCCCCCGUGUCCCUGCCUGAGGAUAUCGACAUAGAAGACCUACAUAACUCAGCGAUCCACGCGGCGGCCGCGGCGGAGGCGACCAAGUCCAACGGUGCGAAGGCGCAGGCCGGCAGCUCGCAGUCUGCAGACAAUGUGCUCGCCGAACACAAGCCUGAGUCGGACCCGCUCUGGUGGCGGGAGAACUUCGCCCUGGACGAGACGCAGCUGACGCUGGUGGGGUUCAGCAAGGGGUGCGUCGUACUCAACCAGCUCAUCUACGAGUUCCACUACACCAAGACUCUCACUCCUGGAGACGCGCAUAUGAUGAGGUUCAUGGAGCGUAUAGUGGACAUGUACUGGCUGGACGGCGGCCACGCGGGCGGGAAGAACACGUGGAUCACGUCGCGCAGUCUGCUGGAGACGCUCACUCGACUCAAUGUGAACGUGUUUAUCCACGUGAGUCCUUACCAAGUACAAGAUGAGGCGAGGCCCUGGAUCGGCAGAGAGGAGAAAGCUUUCACCAGCUUGCUGAAGAAACUUGGCGCAAAGGUGAACAGAUACUUCCACGAGCAGCCCGGCAUGACCCACUCGCUGCACAUGCACUUCGAGGUGCUCGCCAACUUCAAGAAGAUGCAGGACUCCAUCCCCGCCAGCAUGCCUGAUACCUCCGACGAAGACGCCUAGACUCCUCGUUGCCAUGGAAACCUUGCUAGUACCGGCGGUAAAUAUCACACAUUAUUUAGCGCCUGUUUCACUACCUUCAUAUAAGUGCCCGAUAAACUUAUGUGACAGAUAGUGCAUACAAAUUACAUUCUUAAUUCAAAGUUAUCUGAUACAUAGCGAUUAUCCAGACAUUGUGAAACAAGUCCUUAGUUUGAAAAAAUCUCUACAUAUUUUAAAUACAAAGUUUUAUAAUGAGCGUAAAAACUGCUAUAGGGACUUUUAAGCAGUUUUGUGGUUCAUAAGGAAUGGUAGGAGUAAAGGAAAAUUCAAUAGGUCAUAUCAUAUUUGUUAUUCCACCUUUUUAGAACAAUAAGUUCGAGGUAUCAGCUACUGACUUGAUAU